UGUGCUUUCAUUGCAUACACAUCACAACCAGCUCAGCAGACCGCUCGCAAGUCCACUGGAGGAAAGGCUCCUCGCAAGAAGUUGGCAACGAAGGCCGCUCGCAAGAGCGCUCCAGCCACCGGAGGAGUAAAGAAGCCCCAUCGCUACCGGCCAGGCACCGUCGCCUUGCGUGAGAUCCGUCGCUAUCAGAAAUCCACCGAACUGCCGAUCCGAAAGUUGCCUUUUCAACGUCUGUCCCAGAUGAUCAUAUUCAAUUAUAUCGACACGGUAAUCGUGUUUGUAGUGCCAUUUACAAUCAUCCUAGUACUGAACUCCAUCACGGGCUUCACAGUGUGGCGGGUGGCCGGUCUUCGCAGAAACAUGACACUGACACGGCGGAAGCCAUCGAGCUUUGAAAUCCGAAGACAGCUUAGCAUUCAGAAAACCUGCCCACACCCCAACGGACGUAACAGUGUACUCAAGCAAAGACCCGAAAUCGGUCGCAUGGUAAACUCCCAAAUGAAGGUCACCAAAAUGCUGCUGAUUGUAUCGUCUGUUUUUGUCUGCCUCAACCUACCAAGUUAUCUAAUGCGUGUUCGUGCGUUUAUCGAGACCGAACCAUCCAGUUUGACCAUUCUCGUUCAGUACUAUUGUUACCUCUUUUUCAUCACCAAUUUCGGGAUCAACUUCAUUCUGUACUGCAUAAGUGGACAAAAUUUCAGAAAAGCUGUGAUAGAGAUGUUUCACCGUAAUAGAAGAACUAAUGCGAAUCAUGACCACUUCAGCGGAGGAACUCAAACAGAGGUACUCCGUAGCUCGGGUUCGCUCCUACCCCUCAAGCGAACCAAUACGGCUACUCAUCGAUCCGCGGUGGGCUCAUGGCGUGAGUUUUCGGAUUACCCAUCUUCAAUCUGUCAUCCAUGACGCCGAGGACGGAAAAUGCCACCGGUUAGUCAGCUGCUUUUGCCUCGUCGUCGUCGUCUUCAUUAUAACUCGAAUCAUCGUGCAACCGAUAGAGACCAAGAAGAGGAACAGGACUCCGUGUAAAAUCUCUCCGAUAUCAAUCGGUUGAAAUUAUUUUCGAUCAUCGCUGUAUUCAGCGGAAUGCCUCAGAUGGUGUCGUUGUUGACGGGCCCAUGUGACUGCAGAAAUUGAGCCAAGGAAAGCUGCUACCCUCGAGAUGAACCAAAUGAAACUUUUUUACGAGGUUUACUUUAUCAAGGGAUUACUUUUGUUUGCUUUUUGAUGAAAAACGAGCAGAAAAGGUUUCAAAUUUUGCCGAAAGGACAAAAUUGCUUUAUUCGUGGAACACGGAGACAGCUACAUCUGUACUUUAGCUGGGUGGCACCGAAUUUUUAGUACCUGCAGCCCUUACGUUUUCUUUCAUGGUAUUGAGCAUU